UAGCUGAUGAUACUAAAGAACACGAAGCGUAUCGUAGCACUUUAUUAAUAAUACAUCAUACUUCAGUGUUUUGAUGCUUUAAAACGUAUGACUUUCUUGCUGUCAGUUACAGUUUUACGUGAGGAUAUGUAACAACGCAUAUCUGCUUUUAUAGGAACCAUCAGCAAACAAAUAGCCCCCGUUCUCUGAUUAACUUCAUUUGAAGGGUGUCUUUCCUUCUUGACAGGGAAGUCUUUCUGUGGGCAAGUACGGAAUAUUGACAAUGGCAACUGAGGAGAAAGAAGUUAGACAGCCUCGGGUCGUUGCUAUUGCUAUAGAUAAUAGUGAAUAUGCAGAAAAAGCUUUUGAUUGGUAUUUGGAAAAAAUUAGACGUGAUGAUGACGUUAUUGUUCUUAUUCACAUUCCGGAAUCUUACGACUUUUCCUUGGCAAGAGAGUGGUCGCCCGUGGCUCUUCAGAAGGAAGCGUUCGAUUUCACAAUACCAAGCCCUGGUGUUAUGCGACAGCUCUUAGAUGAAUUAGAGAAAAGUGUGAAAGCAUUGGAGGAUAAAUUUGCUGACAAAGUUAAGGCCGUUGGGAUUGAUGGGAAGUUCCGCACUGGCGCAGGGAAACCAGGCGAAGCUAUUAUAAAGAUUGCAAAAGAGGAGAAUGCUACAAUGAUAAUCACAGGCACGAGAGGACUGGGAAAGAUUCGUCGGACUGUGCUUGGCAGCGUUAGUGAUUACGUCAUACACCACUCACCUGUUCCGGUGCUUGUAUGUCGGAUGUGAUUUAUUGACUUUAAAUUGUUCACGCAUGUGCAGAACUAAGCUGUUCGUCAUCACUGUCUUAAUAAGUUAUUGUAUUUUUUCUUGAUUUAAAUGAGCAAUUUUUUGUCAAAUGAUUUGCUUUACUAACAUUUAACUGAGAUGUCAAUAUUUCUUUCAGAACAUAUUUGAUAAUCAACAUUAAGAAACAGUAUUUUAUUGCAGGUUUUCACUGUCAUGUACAUGUUAUAAAGAAACAAAGAUAAUAUUUUUUUUUAAAAACAUUUUUGGUUUUUGAAUUUUCUUCCUAACAGUUAUUAAUAUUUUUUCUUAUCUCAUUAUUUAAAAGACUGAUAAUUAUACUUAAUUAGUUUCUUUGGUAAGAAGGAAAAUAGGAAAGAUAUCCAAUGAACUCCAUACAAAACCUGCCAAGUUACCGUGUGAGAACCGAGCAAUAUUGAUUGUUAGUACUGACCACGGAAUUUGUUGGAUCAGUAAGAUCUAUGAAUGGUUCGGCAUUGCUUCCCCUUUCAGGAACUUAAACAACCCGUCGAAUUUCGGUAAACAGGCAGUAAUCAACAUUAGGUGUUUUAUUUUUUUCAAGCACAAAUUAAUGUUAAUAAACCUAAUACAUGAUUUACA